AUGAAUUUCCGACAGCGCAUCGCCUGGCUCCUGGUCUUCACCUUCCUGCUGGCCAGUACGUGGAUGUCGUACUACGUGUUUGAGAUCUCGGACUCGUACAACGUGCUGGCGCUGGAGCACAUCCAGUCCACGGCGCAGCAGGACCCCAGCGAGCUCACCUGGCGACAGACGCUGACCACGAAACUGGUCGCCGUCCCGUUCUGGAUGUGGUUGUUACUUCUCCUGGUGCCUUACCUGCAGGUGUUCUGCCUUCUCAUUGCCUGCACCAAACCCGAUCCGGACAGAAUGGCGUACGGGAUAUGGCCGUUAUACCUGUCCACAGUCUGCAGGAACAGUAAAGGACAGGCCAACAGUUCUUUCCACCACGCUAAUGGGUCCAAACUGCAGCACAUGUGA